AUGUCUUCAAUACUGCCCUUGGACCUCACCUCACCUCUCCACAUUCGUCUCAUGCUGAAAGAAAUCGAAUGUGAAACUCUAAAACAAAAAGUUGCCGCCCUCGAAUCGCAUCCUCUCUCCAAUAUGAAAUUUGAAAAAUGGGACGAUUCACUCUCCUCACACAACUCGAUACUCCAACAACGAUUCCAUCACAUGCUCAUGUACAUUCAACAACUCGAGAUGGAUAUUGAGGCGCGAAAUCGUCGUAUCGAUAUGUUGGAAUUUUCGCUCAAUAAUAAGAAGAAGAGACGUGGUGGUGGCGGAGAUGGCGCCAAUUCUGCUUCAGCCUCCGAUGCUGCAGAUUUGCUGACGGAACAAGCAGAACAGCUGACGAGACAACGUAAUUUGGUGAAGGCUUUUUUGAAGAGGAAAAAUCAACAGGAACAACGAGAACGAUUUGAUUCGUUUAGGAAGAGGGAAGAUUUGGUAUCAGUGUCGAAUUCUGCCUUGAUGGGAGGUAGUAAAAGACCAAAAACUGUUGUUAAAAGACAGUAA